AUGGACGGCAUCACCCUCUCUCAGCAUGACCUGAUCAAGCAAUGGUCCACAUGGCCCAGUUCAUGGAAGCCAUGGCGCUUGCAACAACACGCCCGCAUCGUCACCGGACAAUGCCGUCGCCGGCCGGAAAUCUGCAAUGUCCWCCGCCGCUCUGCCAUUUGUGCUUUCUGGGCCGUGGGAUUGCUCAAUCUGCCCAUUUAUUCCUUCAUCACCGCCCUCUCAAUACGUCGAGUGCAUCGUACCAUGGCCGCCUGGGAGUCCUGGUCUGUAGACACCAUAUCUGGCCGGUUAUUGUCUCAUUCUUUGGAGUCCGUAGGCUUCAAGAGAUGGUUCUGCCAGACCCAUCAACAAUCAAUGUGGCGCAACGUGGAUCUGCCAAAAUGGGUUCCGUUGUUUGGUAUACGAAGCUCCAGUCUCGCCGAAGAGCAGUACUGGACCAUCAUCACUUCCAAUUUCGCACACGUGAAUCCGGCUCACCUCGCGGGCAACAUGGUCUGUCUUUGGCAAUUUGCCCCUGUAUGCGCCGACAUUCCUGGCCUCAACUGGAUGCAUGUCUGUGCAGUCACGCUGAUCGCUUGCUUGUCUUCCUCCAUGGCUUCACUUGCUCAGAUCGCUUAUUUUCCAUCCCCGGACAAGGAGUGGGUCCCAAGUCAAGCAAUUUCACUCGGAUUCAGCGGCAUCAACAUGGCAUUUCUUGGUAUCGCGGCGAUGGGCUCGCCGAAAAGACCCAUAAGUCACCACCCCAUACCGAUUCCUGUUCCCUGCUGGGCGGUUUGUGGUGUUGCCGUGCUCAUGGAUAUUCAAGGCAUUCUGCACAUAAUGGGUGUUGUGGGAAGAGCACCAUGGUCUCCAAAGAUGGAAAACAUAGGCCACCUUACGCACUUGGCUGGCUUUGGAACUGGAGCACUGUACUACUGGUUGAUAUUGAGACAUCGGCCUUGUAUGCCAACUCAGUUGGAAAUAGUACCGGACGAAUCUUGA